CUUGAAACUGGGUUCUUUUUAGCGGUAAACGCGCACACUUGUGUCUUCUGGGGAUUGAACUAGACUAGAUUUAGUCGCCCCCAGUCCCCCAGACUUUUUUCAACAAAGUCUCGACUUCAGACACAAGCUUGUCCUGGUACUCGGCGACGUUGUCUCGAGAAAUAUUGGAACGGAGGGUGUAUAAAGCAUCACCAGUGCUGUCAGCUGCAUAGCAAUGAAAGUCACCGGUUUGCAACAUGUCAUUGAAAUGCAGUAGAAACAGGGUUGGCGAUAGCACGCAGCCUUGUGGAACACCAGCGUUAAUGGGUUUGUAAUCGGAGCAUGUACCAUCUACUACGACCUUGAUGCUCCGAUCUGCAAGAAAACUGGUGAUCCAAAUGCACAAUUUCUCGGGAAGCCCAUGGGAAGGAAGAUUCGUAAGAAGCGCUUUGUGCCAAACCCGAUCGAAGGCUUUCGCUAUCUCCAAACUAACGGCCAACGCCUCCCCCUUGGAUUGGAAUACUUCCGCCCAUUUAUGAAUUAGGUAACCCAGAAUAUCACCAGCCGGGCGACCACGACGGAAACCAUACUGACGUUCACUAAUCAGCUGGUAAUCCUCAAGGUAACGCAUGAGCUGGCUAUUAAUAAUUGACUCCAUUAUUUUAGAGAACAAGGAGGUGAUGGCGAUAGGCCUAUAGUUGGAUGGAUCAGAGCGGUUACCUUUUUUAAGGAUCGGGUGCACGAAACCUGUCUUCCAUGAUUUCGGGACUACGCUUAGGGAGUAGGAGUACCAGAAAAGACGCGUUAAAACCGGUUCCAACUCUAGAGCACACGUCUUCAGCACAAUAGGAGGGACACUAUCAGGCCUACUCAACUUGUUGACGUCCAGUAAGAGGAGUGCUCUGCACACCGAGCGUUGGGUAAACAGCACAUCCUGCAUGGAGCACUUACACCGCGGGAUGGUCGUCAGUGUGAGUGCCCCCCGUCAUCAAAAGUCGAGUUGGACGCAAAGAGAGAGCUCAGCAGAUCGGCUUUGUCCUUUGCGGCAUGGGCCAGUGAGUCGUUCUCCCUGUGCAGAGAUGGGUGAGAUGACUGACAGAAGUUCCCUUGGACACCAUUGCUGAGAGACCAGAAUGCACGUGUUCCUGAAUGAAGACGAAUUAGUUUCUCGCCAAUUCUGCCGAUGUGCUCUGACUUUGCCUUGACAAUGCCACUUUUGAAGGACCUGGAAGGAAAUAAAAAAAAUAAUAAAAUCAAUUUAUUUCAGACAAAAUCCACAUACAAGUGACAUAAGAAAAAAAAUAUUAUAAUAUAUUUAAUCUCAUCUAAUUUCAUUUCAUUGCAGAAGUGGAGAUGGUCAGGACAUAUGAUGCGUGACAAAGUGGGAAAGAGGAGCAGGAGAGUAAGAGAAUGGUAUAGGUUAAGUCCGGGGGAGUUGGCCGUAAGGAAGAGAUGGCCACUAAAAAAAAUCAUAGUUACACUUACUAGAUGGCACUACUUUCUCGUUAGUUCAAUUUGUGCUGUGCGUGGGAACAACAUUUCGCUCCAUCUCCGGUGAAAAAAAAUCGAAAAAAUGCCAUAUAAAUACCAAAGAAAAGCAUGCAGCUCACGAGGGAACUGGAGUGAAGAGUCACUUAAGGCGGCCAUGGACGCUGUUAAAAAAGGUGAAAUGACUAUCUACGCAGCUUCAAUAACCUAUCAAGUACCAAGGAAGACCCUCGAAAGGCGAUACAAGAAAAAUAAUGACAAAAAAGGACCAAUGGAACCAUCCUCUAUAUUCGGCGACAAAAUGAGAAGAAACUCGCUAACCAUAUUAAAACUAUACAAAAAAAUGGUUUCCCAUUGACUAUUGAUGACGUCAGAAAGAUUGCGUACCAGUUCGCGGAGCAAUUAAAUUUGAAUCACAGAUUUAAUAGAGAAACUGAAAAAGCAGGAUAUAUCAAGGAUAUAUAAGGAAAGCAGGACUGGUUGCAAGGUUUUUUACGAAGAAACCACGAUAUUACAUUAAGAAAGUCAGAAGGAGUAUCUUUAGCUAGAUCAACUGCUAUGAAUAAACUAGAGGUUGACGCUUACUUUGAGCUUCUUGAAAGCAUAUUGACAGUAGACGAUGGUGUGUUGAAACCGAGUUGUAUCUUCAACAUGGACGAGACUGGUCUUCAGCUUAAUAAUCGACCAGGGCAUGUUCUAGCUGAAAAGGGUUCUAAGGCUGUAUCUACAGUUACUUCGACUGAAAAGGGAGAAACGAUUACAGUUAUAGCCUGCUGCAAUGCUGAAGGUACAUUUUUACCACCUGCCUGUAUCAUGAAAGGCAAAAACAAAAACCUGAUUUUGAGGAUGGGAUGCCACCGGGAUCAAAACUUUUCAUGUCCCCAAAAUCAGCGUACAUUACCUCAGAUUUAUUUAUUGAAUGGUUGAAAACACAUUUUGUUCCGAGGAAACCAGCUGGAAGAGUACUUCUUUUACUAGAUGGUCAUUCAUCUCACUGUAAUUCUGUGGAAAUGCUGGAAUAUGCAAAUGACAAUAACAUCAACUUACUUUCAAUGCCAAGCCACACGUCUCACUACCUCCAACCACUAGAUCGUACGGUGUUUAAAUCACUGAAGACUUAUUUUUACGAGCAGUGUCGACUUUGGCUAAAACAAAAUCCUGGUCGUCGUAUAACAUGAUUAUCAUUUGGAAGAUUGCUUAAUAAGGCGUGGGGAAAGGCAGCUUCUGCAGAGAAUGCAAUUGCGGGUUUUAAAGCUACAGGUGUCCACCCCUUCAAUCCAUCUGCAAUUCCCGACUACGCGUUUACCCAAGAAUUGACAAAGCAAAUGUCUAAAUCUCAAAAUGAGUGUACAGCCACUGUUAUGGUCGAGGAGCAAGAAGAAAAUACUAGUAACAUAGCUUCUGCUAAUCUGGAACCAGUUCCAAAUACUUUCGAAGUGCGACAAGACAUAUCACCUGCAAUCGCUGAGCCAAAUAGCUCUGUUGAGCGAAUAGUUUUAACCGCAAGUCCUGAGAUGAUUACAAGAAGGCCUAAAAAAUUAUUUGCUACUGCUUCAGCAGCAGUAAUUAAAAAAAUGUCAGAACAAGAAGCGAUUUGCCAGAUCUGACUCCAACACGUAUUUUAAAGCAAAUAUCGCCAGUUCCACAAAAAAAUAUUGAAGUACGCAAACGUGCUAAACAGGUAGGCAUGCUUUUAACCUCAGAGAAUCACAUCAAAACAAGAAAAUUUAAGGAAACGCUUAAAAAAAUAGGGAACAAAAAAAUUUCG